AUGAGCACCGACAAGCGGAAGCGCAGGAACGGAAACCCCUCGCAAAACAGCGAACCCGCCACCAAAAGAUUCCAAGUCCCUCGCGCUUGUGAACGAUGCAAGUCCCUCCGUCGGGGAUGUGAAGAGCGUCGCCCAUGCAGUCGCUGCAUACGCGCCGGCGUGGCCAAUGACUGCACCGCCUCUUCAUACCCUUCCAUCACACCGUCAUCGCCAUCUGGAUAUGGAGCGCCAGCCGAAUGGGCGCAGGUGGUCGAGGUCGCGGGAAGCCCAGUGGUGACGGAAUGUUCGCAGCUCUUCUUUGAGCAUUGCUAUCCCACCAUACCUAUUGUGACGCCUGAGUACAUUAGUCGUUUGCAAAUGGACGUGGCUGCGGAUCAAAGAUCUGUCGAGGCUGCUGUUCUACUCGUCGCUUUUUGCGCGUACGUGCUGCUUCACGUUGAUGAAGCGGCGAGUAGACCUGAGAGCGCCAUACCACGCGAUCACAAGCAAUAUGGGACUUCAUUGUUGGAUUCAGCAUCGGCAGUUUACAGAAUCUAUUGCUGGAACCUGACGCCUUCCUUGGAUGCAUGUCUCUUGAGCUUCUUCCUGUACGCGGGACAAACACGGCUGUCGAGACAUAGUCAAACGUUUCUGUUCCUUCGACAAACCACAGGGUUAUGGGCCUUGGUCAAAGACCGACAACCAGCAUCAAUAGAUGGCAAGGAGCUGUUCAACAGGCUAUUUUGGGUUCUUCUCGCCUCGGAGCGGUCGCAUGCCAUCCGGUACGGCCGCUCCAUCACAUUACACAUCACGCCAGAUACUCCCGAUCUGGACGUCCUCAAAGAAGCUCUACCCGGAUUAUGGAGUCUAGCUGCACUCUUUCGACCCAUCGACUCAGCAUUCAUGGCCAUCAUGAACCGCGAAGCCGUCUUCUCGCCACCAUCACCAGAAAUACUCGACGUUACCGAACGCGCCAUCAACGCCGCUAUACCCCCGCGGUUCCCCUUCCAGGACAUGCAAAAGGCGAAUCUGCGAAUCACCAAACUCUGGUUGCGUAUCGUCAUCUGGCAGCUGCGAUUGCGACUAGGCUACCUCACUGAAGCAGCGCGUCAACGCAACUUGACGUAUCAGUAUCCAUUGGAUGUCGCGAGGGAGCUUGUUCUUUCGACGCGUGAUCUCCCCAUCCACGCGAUCAAGGUUCACGGUGUGGGAUUGACAGAGAAACUCUUUGACAUUGCCUCGGCAGUGGUAGAUGUGAUGGCUGGCAUUCCACAGGCACCCAGGCAGCGGCACACAGAGGUUGAAGGGCCGCCAGAAGAUGACUUGGGAUAUGUACGGGGAUUAAUGGUGCAGCUACCAGGUGGUCAGGACGUCUACGAUGGAUUAUUGGAAAGACACCUUGAGCAGGCUUUGCAUAGCCCGUUGCAAAAUCAGGCAGUCUUGAGUCGGACACUCGAUGAAUCUCCAAGAUGA